CCCAACCUCCGAGGCAAGUCCGGGAAGAGGCCGGCCUUCGCUGGGAGGCGUGCAGGCCAAGGAGAAGGCGAAAGGGCGGGGCGGCGUCAGCGUCUAGUCGGAGGAGGCGAGAGCGUGAAUGGCGGGUGAGGCGAGCGCGGGGCUCUUCCCCCAGUCAGGGGGCGCCUGAGAGAGAGCGAGAGACCGAGACUCCAGGCGAGGCCGGAGCUCAGCUGCUGCUAUGCAGCCCCUGGGCGCCCUGUGGGUGCUCCUCUGCCUAGCGAGGCCGCUGCUCGGCGUGGCCGUCCCAGAAUCUUUCUCCUUAUCUGCGCCAGAGAAUGUGACAAUUCAGUCAUAUAAUUUUGAUAAUGUAUUGAAAUGGUCUCCAGUUACAGCAAUCAAUGGUUCAGUGACUUAUAGUGUUGAAUGGAAGUUUAAAACACGCAUAGCAUCAGAAGAAAAAGUAUGGAAAAAAGUGAAUUGCAAAGAUAUUACAAAACCUGAAUGUAAUUUCAAUCAUGAGAGGAAUCAUGACUGCAUCAUUUUACAUGUUAGGGCUGAACAAGGGGAAUUAAAAUCUGCCUGGACUGAAACUAAGCCCUUUCGAGCACGGGAAGACACUAUUUUAGGACCUCCAAGAGCAAUCAAUGUAAGCUCAGACGGUACCAUGAUUCAUAUAAGCUUCUUGCCUCCCUUUGAGCCUGCAGAAAAUAAAACUGAAUAUUUUGAAUAUUUAAUUGAAUACUGGGACGAAUCAACAAGUGAAAUACUGAGAGUUUUGAGCAAGAAUAGGAGGGAAACAUUCAAGAAUCUGAAGGAAAGGACUGUAUAUUGCUUUCAAGUAACAGCAUCAAUCCCACAUGUAAUCCUAACAUGCCAAAAAAGUGAAAUCAAGUGCAAAGAAACUACAACUGACUUAAUGAGAAUUCUGCAUAUCGUACUGAUAUUUGCAUUUGCAAUAUUUAUACUCUUUGGAAUAUUUGUGUGCAUAAAGUUUAUUCAGAAAUACAGAAGUGUAAUCAAAGCACUUUGGAAGCCGCCUCUAACAAUUCCAUCCCACUACAAAGAGGAUUUACAAAAUCUUCACAUGACUGUGGUUGAAGAAUUUCAGAACUGUGCUGGAGAAGACCACUGGGACAAUGUGUCAGAAAUCUCUGAACAAAGAGAAACUAUGACAGACAAUUUUACUGAUCAAAAUCAAGAGUUGACAGUGGAAGAACAUAGAUGACAAGAUGAUUAAGUGCCUUCAACUCUCAUGUACUGAUGCUAAACCUCAACGUCAACUUGUGGACUUUCACUCCAGAGAAAUUGUAUUAAUGCCCUCUGUUUAAGAACAGUUAGCUGCAAAACACACACACACUAUCCAUGUGUGAAACUGUGAACGAGAAACCAGCAGUAAAAGCAUUAAGAGGACACACAUGCUAUAUCCUGUGACUUGAUUAUGGAUGAAUUUGAACACUUGUCAAAUUACUGUGAAGGGUCCCUCUUACCCGCAGGCUUUUUAACGACCUUGCAAACACACAAGAGUGCUCUGAUUUAGUCUCAGAGUGAGUGAGUGAGAGUGUGUGUGUGUGUGUGUGUGUGUGUGUGUGUGUGUGUGGUUUCUAAAAAGCCUGUGGCAGUAUUUAUAGCAAUUGACUGCAAUAGUAAAGUGAAAUUGAAUUGUAUAAUUUAUAUUGAUGGAAUGAGGUUAGCAAUUUUACCUGUCUUGGUUGCUGAAAGAGCAGAAAGACAAUCUGGAGGUGCCAAUUGAUACUCCCCUUUGCUGCUUAAUGUACAUAAGCUCUUUCCAUGGAUUUUGGCUAGUGGGGCUGCUGCAGUUUUUGGAUGGAAUUCAUGUUAGUGGUCGGAGAUUGUUCCACCAGCACAAGUGUUUCUGCUUGCCUGACAACCAUCUCCCCUUUCCUCCACUUGUAUGCCUUUUGUUCUGGGUGUUCUCCCAACCCUCCAGAGUAGAUUUGGGGGAGGAGAGCAGGGAAAACUCUGUUCUGCUGCUUGCGAAUCUUUGUGCCGGCAUCUACCAAUGGAAACAAGUAGUUGAAUCCAGCCCUUUCUUUGCUGAUUGGGUACUUGCUUCCAUCAUUCAUGCAAUAUCCUCUCACUUAGGUUACUGUAUCCAUUCUGGAAUAAGGUGACCUUGAAGAUUGUUUGAGUACAUCAGCUGGUACAGACUACGUCGGCCCUUACUCAGACUACAGCGCAGAGGAAAAAUCCACUGAAAUUAUUUGAUCUUUUUCUAAAGCACUGGGCCGUACAGGUUUUUGCUCUUCACUUGGAGCCACCUGAAAUGGUUUCCUCUGCAUUCUUUCAUUUACUAUAACAAGAUCUAAACUGGUGAACCUUUAUUUUGCAGCACUUAUGUUGUGUGAUGCUUUAUCAAGUAAUUAAAUUACACGGAGGUCCCACUUUCUGAAUGCUUGCUAUGUGAAAAUUCACUUAUCUGAACAGGAGGAAUUAGUACCCAACCCUCACUACACAGCACAGAUUCAAAUAACUAAGGAGAGAGCAUUUAUUAUUUCCUUGUUUGCCUUUUUCUGUUUGGCUGAGGAAUGCAGUGAUACCUUUUAGUAGGGUUAAGAGGGUUUUCCUGGGUGUUUGCUUUUAAGGGUAAAAAUCUCAUUGUAAAGAACACAUUAGAAAUUUUCCUAUAGGAAUUGCCAACUUGUUAUGUGAAUGCUCACCUAUCAAACUAUUUCCAGGGACUGCAUUAUGUUCAGAAAGGGGGACCUGCGUAUUCUGCCUUCACUUUAUAAUUUCUAGUCACAGAUGAAAAUGUUUGUUUCUAAAUGCAUUUGCACUCUUGCACAUUUUACAUGUUAUUUUGGAUAAAUUUUGCUUGAAUUGUGUGCCCUUAUUUUUAAAUGUGUUUUUGAAUCUGUUUUAGUUUUGCCCAUUGCCUUGCAAGCUCCAUUUUAAAAGCCAAAAUCUAUUGUCAUUUUGUGAUAAAACCCUAGAAACAAUACUGGGAAGAAGGUACAGAAUACAGGAAUUCAGUUGCAAAGUAUAAAGGGUUCUUAAUAUAUUUUGUCUGAGAUACAUAUUAACCCAUUAUUUUUCGGCUAGUAACGGGUAUUUAUCGCUAUCAGAUCAGGUCGUAAAACUAGUGUACAUUCUUAUUAAUUUAAUGGUGUUACUGUAUUCUUUUUACUUGUUUUUUAUUAUAUGCUAUUUUUGUUUUUAGACUCAUCUAUUUUUGUGUUCUGUUUUCUAUUUACCAUUUUGGGCUUCGCCUAAAAGAAAAUGUGGGAUAUAAAUAAAUUAAAUGACAAUGAAA